AAUUAAAUGAACAAUUAGAGCUAACCAAAAGGAUAUAUGGGUGCCCCAUACAUAGCAAAUAUUUACGGAUAAUAAUAACAAUAGGUUAAUUAGCAAUCAAAAGACUUAUUUCAAACGUUGGCUAAAGAAUUCUAAUAUUAAAUUGUCAAAGCACCCAAUGAGUAUACACAAUCAGCGAUUGUAAUGCUAAAGAAUUUUUAAAUAAGAAUGUAUAGUAAUGCUCUAUUCUAGUGAUUAGAAUUAUAAUGUUGGUAUACCUCCUACUUGUACACUCAAUAAUGCUCCAUAUGAUUACACAAAAUUUUAUUAGUGGAAUAAUAAUUCAAAUCACCUGAGUUUAGUUCAUGCAAUCUAAGAUUAAUUGGAACUUCAAUUAAAAAUUUUAAGCAAGUACACCCUAUUAAAAUAAGCGUAGUCCAAUUAUUAAAAAUUAUUCUGAAUUUAUUAAUUCUUUCCAUAUAGAUGAAAAUGUGAAUAGGAUUAAAAAUAUGCCGUUGUCUUAGAUCUUGCCUCUUAUUUAACCCUCGGAAUAUCAGUAAUGGAUUAAUUCAGAUGAAAAACAAUAGACUUUAAGGGCAUAACUAUCUCAAACCUAAGAAUUAAAGAAUUUGAAGGAUUAAAUACUUUUUUAUGCUUAACAAAAUGAGAUUGUCGCUGGUAAGACUAGAUAAUAUAUAAAACUAGAUUUGAUUGAGGCAAAUGAUAAGGAUAUCAAGACAAAAAUAGAAAGAUUGCUUAAUAGAAAUAGAUUACUUGAGGAUGAAAAGGACAACUAUAUAUAAUUGUAAAAUAGAAGUAGGGCAUUGAGUGAAAGAUUUCAAGACUCAAAAGUGAAUACUUUAUUCUAGCAAAUUUGUGAAAAAUAUGAUGAAAUAUCUGACAAACUAUUGGAAUCUGAAACCAAUGGAGACUACGAAGAUUGUAAUUUUAAUUCUGCUAUCAAUUAGAGGCUAACCAGUACUUUUAGAGUAGGAGAAAGUAUCAAAAGACUUUAGCACUUUCAGAAAAAUUCAGACAGAUGAAAUAAAUUUGA